UAUCCGACAAUAUUAAUGCUAUAGUAAAAAAACGAAUUUUAAAUUAAGAUGACCCAAUUUGCACAUAAAAUUACGAGACUUUAACCACUUAUCACAUUUUUGUGUAAUAGUACGUUUUAUAAGUAUGUAUGUAAAAAAGCAAGAAGCAACAAUCUGUGUACAAGAUAUUUUCUAGUAUUAAUUUUCUCAUCCACACAAUGACGUUAAUCGACGGUGUUGGUGACGAAGUGACUGAUUUCUUUAUAAUAGUCAGCGUUCUAUUAGUUGGAUGGUUAGCAUGGUGUUCUACUAGUAUUGCAGAUCAACCACUUAUACGCACAGUUUUAAUAUUGCAACAUCGCACACGUACUCGUAUAGCCGAACUAAGAGCAGGUAGUCAGACUACAAAUGCAAAUACUAUAAAUCGGAUAGAGCACUUAGAAAGGACACCUGAAGUGAUAGAGCCGAUUGAACAUGGCAAUGACACAGUAGAUCCACAAUGUCCAACGCCUACUCCUGUCACAGCCUCAAUUGAAGAUCAGACCGAAUCAAAUGCGAUUACUCCAGCUGCAACCUCAUCGGAAGAAGCACUUAUUGAGGCCAUGGAUACAUUCAAUAACGAUGACUCUGGAUUACGUCAAAGAAUAGUGAAAAUUGAGUCAGCCAAUGGAUCUACUGAUAUUACAGAUUCUACAGACACGAUCACCACUGAGCAGGUCGCAACUGAGCAUAUAGCGGCUACUGCAGAAGCUGUUGAUGACGCUAACCAAAUAACUAUUAAACUGAAGUUUAUCAAUGAUGACCAGAAAGUAGUGAAAGGAAGUCCUGAGGAAUUACUUGGCGACUUUAAGAGGAGACACUUUCAGGUAGAACUUGCUUCCCAGAAAUUAGUUCGCCUGGUAUUUAAUGGUCAGGUACUUCAGCCUGAUACUAGAACAUUGGAGCGGUGCGGUUUGUACCAUAAUUGUGUGGUUCAUUGUUUGGUUCACCAGCAGCGGCCUAAUCCCACUCCAUCUGCUCAAUCAGGCACAUCGGAUAAUGCCUCACCUCUGUACUUCAAUCCUCAAUCAUUCCAGGAUUUGCCAACGAGUGCGGGUCUCAAUACCACAAGACAUGAGUGGGAUCUCAGUCGCCUGUUGGUCAGCAUCUUGAUCCUUAUUCUAGGACUUGCUUGGUAUUCGCGGUAUCAUUAUGCUCAAUUGUUUACGGCAACAACUACCCUUGCGCUGUAUGCACUAACUGCUAUUUUUACCAUCUCUCUCUUCGGACACUUUUUUCCUGAUCAAGACAGCAUUAGAAACAUUGAGUAGAUCUAUCUGAUUUAAAUACUCGAUGGUUGUAACCGAGACAAUAUUAUCAGUGCAGUCACUCUGAGAUUAAGUAGACUGAUUGAUAUCUUGAUCCUUCUAUUUUAGAGGAAAUAGAAUAUUAUUUCGAUAUUCAGACAGCACGUUUGAAAGUAUCACAUGAUAGUUCAUUUACGGGUCAUCAAGUAACAACUCACGAUAUAAAGUUGGUUUAAAUUCCGAAGAAUUACCUAUAUUACUUAAGAAGAGUCUAAAAUGAGAUAGCAGCUCCUGCCACUUUCAGGAUAACGAAAAAGAAAGAUAAUAUUUAAGAAUCCUUAUGUAAAUUUUUGUAUGACAUCACGUUUGAACGUUUUCUGUUGUAAAGUCUAAUUAAAGAUUAUGUUCUCAUUA